UCUACUUGACUCACCACAACCUGCUCUGCACCAUGGGGAAGAAUGGGCUGCUCAGCAAACCAAACAUCUUCCUCCUUCUCCUCUUCUUUCCUGGAAACAGCUCUCCUACCACAGAACCGCAGUACAUGGUGCUACUGCCCUUUCUGAUACACACGGAUGCUCCUGAGAAAGUCUGUGUUCAGCUGACCCACCUGAAUGAGUCUGUGACACUGAGUGCCACACUUGAGUAUCAAGGGGAAAACAGGAGCUUGAUUGAUGACGUGGUGUCAGAGAAGGAUGUAUUCACCUGCAUCCCUUUCUCUCUUCCAAAAUCCAAUAGCCCAUCAGUCACGUUUGUCACCGUAACAGUGAAGGGCACAACACUGCAGUUCAAGAGCCGCAAGUCGGUGCUGGUCAAGAAUUCUGAGAGCUUGGUCUUCGUCCAGACAGACAAACCUAUCUACAAGCCUGGACAGACAGUUCUAUUUCGGAUCGUCUCUCUGGACAAAGAUUUCCACCCGCUGAAUGAGAAGUUUCCAUUUGUCUAUGUUCAGGAUCCCCAGAGGAACCGUGUCUACCAGUGGCAAGAGGUGGAGCUAGAGACUGGCCUUACACAGCUCUCCUUCCCCCUUACCUCGGACCCCAUCCAAGGCUCCUACAAAAUAGUUGUGCAGAAGAGCUUCUCGGCCCAUGUGGAGCACUCCUUCAGGGUAGAGGAAUAUGUGCUGCCUAAGUACGAGGUCCUGGUGAAGCUGCCCAAGAUGAUCACUCUUAAGGACAAGGAGCUUCCAGUGUCCGUCUGUGGUCUUUACACUUAUGGAAAACCUGUUCCUGGCUUGGUCAAUGUCCAAUUGUGCCGGAAAUUCUCCCGUUCUGCUUCAAAUUGUUAUGGAAAAGAAGCAGAAGCUGUGUGUGAAGAAUUCACUAGGCAGGCAGAUGCUCGUGGGUGUAUUUCUGGUGUAGUAAGAACCAAGAUAUUCCAACUCCAACGCCGGGGAUAUGAGAUGAGCAUUGAGGUACAAGGCAAGAUCACAGAGGAUGGGACAGGAAUAGAGAUGACUGGAACAGGCUCCUGUGGAAUCACACCCAUCAUGAGCAAAAUCAGCUUUGACUUUCUGGACUCUCAGUACAGACCAGGGAUCCCAAUCUUUGGGAGGGUGAAGCUGGUAGAUGGCACCGAUGCCCCAAUUGCCAAUGAAACCAUCAUGAUUUCUGUGGAUGGAGACAGGUACAAAGGGAAUUACACUACAGAUGAGCGGGGACAAUCCUGGUUUUCCAUAGACACUACCACCUUCACGCAAGCCUCCCUGGAAAUCCGAGCUGAUCAUAAACCUGAGCUGAACUGCUAUGACAGUGACUGGAUCACACCUUUAUAUGAGCAUGCCAUGCGUAGAAUAAGUCGGUUUUAUUCCCCCAGCAAGAGUUUCCUCAAAAUUGAGCCAAAGCCUGAGACAUUAGGUUGUGGCUCCCCCACGGAGAUCCAAGUGCAUUACAUCUUCACACCAGAGGCCAUAGGAGAGCAGAAGAAAAUUACCAUUUACUAUUUGGUGAUGGCCAAGGGAGGCAUUAUAUUAGCAGAUACCUAUGAUCUGGCUGUGAAUCCUGGAAAUGUUUAUGGGACAUUUCAGUUGACCUUCCCUGUUGAGGCAGCAAUUGCUCCCCUGGCACGGAUGCUUGUGUACACCACUUCACCCAGUGGGGAAGUCAUUGCCAGUUCAGCAGAUUUCCAGGUCGAAAGUUGCCUCCCCAGUAAAGUUAGAUUGAGUUUUGUACCCAAGGAAGGUCUUCCAGCCUCUAACACACGCCUGCAACUCCGUACUUCACCGAGGUCCCUGUGUGCACUCCGUGCUGUGGACAAGAGUGUUCUCCUUAUGAAGCCUGAGGAUGAGCUCUCUCCCAGCUCUGUGUACGAUCUUCUCCCAGUGAAGGAAAUCCAUGGUUAUAGCUUCAAGGACUACUACCUGGAAGAAGACAACAUAAAUCCUUGUGUGUCACUUGACAACAUAUUAUUAAAUGGAUUUGUCUACAUACCCAUUUCUCCUGAUGGUGAAGGUGAUGCCUAUGACAUUCUCAAAGAAUUGGGCUUAAAAGUCUUCACUAGCAGCAAGAUCCAUAAGCCUGAAAUCUGCCAGCAUUACCCAGGACACAUGAUGGAAAGGAGUUACAGUGGUUCUAUGACUGCAUUGAAUCUGCUUGAAGAUUUGGACUAUGAAGUAACAGAACGUAUGGUUGCUGGCAAUCCUGUGGAGACUGUCCGGAAGUACUUUCCUGAGACAUGGAUAUGGGACAUAGUUACAGUGAACUCUGAGGGAAAUGCUGGUCUAGAUGUGACCAUCCCUGACACCAUCACCGAGUGGAAAGCCAACGCAUUCUGCAUUUCAGCAGACACGGGCUUUGGCCUGUCCCCAACAGUGACCCUCAGAGCCUUCCAGCCCUUCUUUGUAGAGCUCACCAUGCCCUACUCUGUAGUGCGUGGUGAGUCCUUCACGCUGAAAGCCACCGUUUUCAACUACCUGACCACCUGCAUCAGGGUCAGUGUGUCUCUGGCUGAAUCUACCCAUUUUCUGGCAACACUAAUAGAGAAGCAGGAAGAAUCCUACUGCAUCUGCAUGAAUGAAAGGAAAACUGUGGCUUGGGCAGUAACACCAAGAUCUCUAGGGCAGGUGGAGUUCUCAGUGAGCACUGAGGCCCUGCAGAACAAGCAGCCCUGUGGGAGCACCAUCGUGGAGACUCCUGAGAAAGGGAGGAAGGACACGGUCAUCAGACAGCUGCUGGUGGAGCCGGAAGGGACUGAGGUGGAAACUACCUACAACUUUGUGCUGUGUGCCUCUGCAGAAAAGUUGAUGUCAGAGCCAGUCUCCCUGGUUCUCCCUGAGACUGUGGUGGAUGGCUCAGCCAGAGCGUAUUUCUUAGUAUUAGGUGACAUCAUGGGCACUGCCAUGCAGAACCUGCACCAGCUCCUCCAGAUGCCAUUCGGCUGUGGGGAGCAGAACAUGGUCCUGUUUGCACCCAACAUCUACGUCCUGGACUAUCUGAACAAGACAGGGCAGCUGAGUGAGGAGGUCAAAUCCAAGGCUAUUGGAUACUUAGUAAGCGGGUAUCAGAGGCAACUGAAGUAUAAACACUGGGAUGGUUCUUAUAGCACCUUUGGGCCCCGUUAUGGGCAAGUGGGGAAUACCUGGCUCACAGCCUUUGUCCUCAAGUCCUUUGCCCAGGCCCGACCUCAUAUCUUCAUAGAUGAGAAGCACAUCCAGGAUGCUUUGGUCUGGCUCAGUCAAAAGCAGAAGGAGAACGGCUGUUUCCGCAGUUCUGGCACACUCCUGAACAAUGCUAUGAAGGGUGGAGUGAAUGAUGAGGUCACGCUGACAGCCUACAUCACUAUUGCACUGCUGGAGAUUCCUCUGCCUGUAACUCACUCUGUGGUACGUAAUGCCCUGUUCUGCCUGGAAAUGGCAGCAGGUGAGAAAGAAAACCAUGUGUACACCAAGGCACUGAUGGCAUACGCCUUCGCCCUCGCAGGGAAGGAGGAAAAGAGGAAGGCAUUGCUCGCCUCACUUGAAAGGGAAGCUGUGAAAAAGGAUGGGUCCGUUCACUGGCAGCGGCCUGGGAAAGAGCCAGAGGUUGCUCUCCCAUACUAUCGCCCCCGGGCUCCCUCUGCUGAAGUGGAGAUGACGUCCUACGUGCUCCUUGCUCACCUCACCACGCAGCCGGCACCUUCCCAGGAGGAGCUGGCAUUCGCAGCUCUCAUUGCAAAGUGGAUCAGCGCUCAGCAGAACCCCAAUGGGGGCUUCUCCUCCACCCAGGACACGGUGGUGGCUCUCCAAGCCUUGUCCCUGUACGGAGCUGUCACCUAUGCCAAGAGCGGAGCGGCUUCCAAAGUGACCCUGCGAUCUGGAGGGGACUUCCAGCAAGAUUUCCAAGUGGAUCCCAGCAACCGGCUGCUGCUGCAGCGCGUGCCUCUGCCCCGGGUGCCUGGGGAGUACAGCACAGAGGUGUCUGGUGAAGGAUGCGUCUACGUGCAGACAAGCCUGAAGUACAACGUGCAGCCCUCGCAGGAGGAUGCACCCUUCAUGCUUCAUGUGUACACAUUCCCGGAGACAUGCGCAGACUCCAAGGCUCACAAGGUCUUUGACAUCGGCAUAAAUGUCAGUUACACUGGGGAGCGCAAUGGCUCCAACAUGGUGAUUGUGGAUGUGAAGAUGCUGUCGGGAUUCAUCCCUGUGAAGUCCUCUGUGAGGAAGCUCUCAGACACCUGGUUUCACCAGAUACAACGGACAGAAGUCAGCACAAACCAUGUUCUCCUGUACAUAGAGCAGCUGAGCAGCGAGACCCUCAGCUUCUCCUUCACGGUGGAGCGGGACAUCCCUGUGCAGGGCCUGAAGCCGGCUCAGGUGAAGGUCUAUGACUACUACGAGACAGAUGAGUUUGCCACACAGGAGUACAGCGCUCCCUGCGCCACAGAGGAAGCAGACCAGGGCAAUGCAUGAAGAAUACUCCCAGUUGCUGGAACCUGCCUGCCUCACUACCACCACCAACUAUGGAGUGACAGAUGAAUAGUGCCUGCAAGGAAUGGGAAAUGAAUUUUACAAACACAUUAACUGUAUUCAGCAAUAAUUUUUGAACAGUUUAUUCCCAAUUCUGUUUCUUCCUGCUCAGCCUCCCCUCGCAGCUUUAAUCUCCCUAGCCUCUUACUUAAAGAGCAUCCCACCCAGCCACAGCUGUGUAAAGGGCAAUAAGGCUGACAAAUAAGAAAAAGAAAAAGAGGAUGGAAUUAAUUAAGUUGGAAUCAGCCUUUCUAAUCCAUCUCACUGUUAUGUACUCUGAACUUGUCACCUGAGAUCCUAUCUUUUCUUAAGAACAAUUCUUCUGGCUUAGAAAGCAUAACCUUGAUUGAAUUGAUUGAACUGAUCUCUGCGGGUGCCUAUCCAUGUCUCCUACAAGUAGGCAGCCGACAUUGCAUGAAAUUCAGCCUCUGUGAUGCACCCCACAAACACCCCUUCCAGGAUUGUUCCUUGUUUGUUGAAGUGGGAGGAGAUACACAGUCUGGCCUCUUCUUAGAUUAGAGUGUGUGUGAGGCAGCAGGAAGGAUGUGUGCAUGGGUUGCAACUUUGGCUGCUAACUUAUAAAGGCCUGCUUUUCAGCUGAAGCUUGGGCCUUCUUGUGGAAACUUCCAUAUCUUGGGCCUGCUGCUUCUGGGAGAUUCCCAAGGAGAAGCUAAUAGCAUUUGCCAGUAACCUACCUACCUAAGUUCAAAUGCACAUUCAUUUAAAUCAUAGAGUUGCUUUGGUGAAACCAUCUAUAGUCUCUUAGACAUCUCCAGGAAUGCUUUUCUUGGUUUUGUCCCAUUAAUUUCUGGUUUUAAGUGGCAGAAAGAUCUAUGUGACUGUUUAUUCUCACAAAACACUUACUGUUAGGUACCAUGGCUAAUCGUGUAUUCAGAGUAUGCACAACUAGUUGUUCAAUGCCUUUUUUUUUUAGUGUGCCUGUCAAGUGUUAUUGAGAAUAAAUAAAGUUCUUCAUCUAUUUUGAUAGAUAUUAAU